ACCUUUAUUUUUAAUAAAUAAAAUAAUCACAAAAAAAAAUUUUUUAAGACGAAACUAAAUGCUCGGUUGAUUCAGUAUAUGAAAUGAAACAAACGUUAGGAUCGAUGAAGAUCGAGUUUAUUGAAGCGAGAAAAAGUUAUGUUUUUGGAUCAAUUUAAUUUUUAACACAAAAGCUACAAUUUAUAAGCAAAAUAAAAAAAGUGAAAAAAUGUCAAAGACUCUGAUAUUUGCUGCGUUUCUUUUUAUAAAAUUGUCUGAUUGUUUCUCGUGGGAUAAGAUUUCAAAAAGUGUUGAAGAUGAAAAUGAUGAAGAUCAUGUUAAAGCAUUUCUUGAAGAUCAAAAAAAACAAGGAUUUUCAGAAAGAGAAGUAUUUGAAAAAAUUCAAAAUGAUGAAUCAAUUGCUAGGAAAUUAGUUGCAACUAAACUUAUUAAUACUGAAAAUGGUGGAAAAAAAAAAAUUAUUCUUUAUGGAACUAAGUAUUGCGGUCAUGGAAAUAAUUCAAAAUCAGAUAAGGAUCGCGGAUUCUUUGAUCAACUCGAUGAAUGCUGUUUUGAACACGAUAAAUGUAAAUUAAGUAUUGGAGCAGGAAAAUUCAGAUGGGGUUUACAUAACACCAAAGGUUAUACUAUAUCCGAUUGCAAAUGCGACGACAAAUUUUAUUACUGCUUAAAAAACGUGAACAAAGAUUUUCAAGUUCCAUUGGCAUACUUUACUGGCAAGCUGUUUUUUAACAUCAUAAAUAUCAAGUGCGUCGAAAUACCAAAUGGAUUUAACCCUGAUAGUGAUAAAGAAUCUUACAAGAAUACUUAUGAGCCUACACCGGAUGGUUCCCCCCAACCAUACUUUCGUGCUCCUAAACAUUAUAAGUAAUAUAAAAUAUCUUUGUAAAUAUUAUUAAAAAUAUAAUUAUUUUAAA